AACAUCGAUCCAUCGCUGCUCCACCACUACCGCACGGUCACACUGCUCCUGUCGUACAAAAUAUUUUUUCCCAGCGAAAAAACUGAAUUUCCUCGCUCGCGUUGAUAUUUUUUUGUUAUUUUUUGUCGGCCACAAUUGGAGCGAUCGAAAGGAGGCCCAGCGGACGUGCGUGAAAAUCCAGGGCCGCGAGUUUUCACCGGAGAGCGAAGAGCGUGAGAAACUGCCGCAGCACAUCCCGAUUCCCAAUUGGACCCGAGCAGGAGUGGAGAGCGUUCCAAUAGGAGUACUGCAGCAGCAACAACAACAACAACAACAACAACAACAUGGCACUGGACAGUGGGACGCAAACGAAUGCGCUGACAUCAUCCUUCACCACCAAGAAAAAGGAUGCGGCCGCGGAAAAGGAGAACCUAUGGUCGGCGAUAUUGAAUGAAGUACAAACACAGGGCAGCACAAAACUUCCAUCAAACAAAUCUGUACUAGUAUUAGGCGACAAUGCCACCGGAAAGACCACACUCAUAGCCAAACUGCAGGGCGUCGAGGAUCCGAAGAAGGGUUCCGGCCUGGAGUAUGCCUACAUCGAUGUGAAGGACGAGUACAGAGACGACAUGACGCGUUUGGGCGUUUGGGUCCUGGACGGCGAUCCAGGACACACAAACCUGCUGCACUAUGCGCUCAAUGAAACGAACUAUGCACACACCCUCGUCAUCCUCACCGUUUCGAUGACGCAGCCGUGGGGCUGGCUGGAGCAGCUGAAUCACUGGAUCAAGGUACUCGGCCAGCACAUCGAGAGCCUGCAGCUGGAGGCCAAAGAGAAGGAGGCGGCCCGCCAGCGGCUGGCCACCACGUGGCAGAGCUACUGCGAGGUGGGCGACGACCUGGAUCCGGGCUCCCCGGUCAAGCGGACGAUGCGCAACAACUCGAUCGACGAGGACGACCUGCUGCCGCUGACGGAGGACGCACUAAUUACAAAUCUGGGCCUGGACAUCGUGGUGGUGGUCACAAAGACGGACUACAUGACCACUUUGGAGAAGGAGUACGAGUAUCGCGACGAGCACUUCGACUUCAUCCAGCAGUGGAUACGCAACUUCUGCCUGCGGCACGGCACCUCGCUCUUCUACACGAGCGUCAAAGAAGACAAAAACUGUGAUCUCCUCUACAAAUAUCUGACGCAUCGAAUUUAUGGUCUGCCAUUCCGUACGCCAGCGCUAGUCGUUGAGAAGGAUGCGGUACUCAUUCCGGCUGGCUGGGAUAGCCUGAAAAAGAUUAGUAUUCUGUACGAGAACAUGCACGGAGUCAAGGCCGAGAAUCCCUACACAGACAUCAUCAAAUCGCCGCCAACUAGAAAGGCGGUUUCCAAUCGCGAGGCAGAAGUGCAGACGGAGGACGAGCAGGCCUUCCUGGCUCGCCAGCAGGAGAUCCUCAAGCAGGGCGACCAGGUGCGCGGGGAAUCGCCGCUGCGAUCGCAGGGCGUGGGCAGCAACAAGAGCGGACCCCGAACGCCCGGCACCACGGGACAGAGUUCGCCCAAGAAGAUUGAUCCCAAACUGACGCCAGCCACGCCCGGCGCCGAGGGCGUUCUGGCCAACUUCUUCAACUCGCUGCUACACAAAAAGUCCGGCAGUCCGGCGGGCGGCGGCCCCGGCGGAGCUGGCAGUCCGGCGGGACCGGGAGGCCGCACGGCCAACGGCGGAACGGAUGCAAUGAUGACGCCCGAGAAGCUGGCCGUGCGCACGGAUGCGGCCGCCGAGCUGGAUCGAUUGUCGCGCAGCGUGAAGAAGGAGAUCGACAUGUCGCAGAGUGAGUGUUGAGCCGUAGUCAGCAGUCAGCAGCCACACAGACACCACAGCGAAACACCAGCGGCGGCGGCAGCAGCAGCAACAACAGAACCAGAACAUCAUGAAAACGUUAUUUAAGCAUCAAGCGAAGGGCAGGGACUCGUAGAGAACGCAGGACCAGUGGGAGACCACAAUUUGGAGCAGCUGUGGGAUCAUUCAAUGGUCUGCAAGUUGCUGUGCAGGCUAAUAUCAGUUUUUAUCAGGGGCAUUA